CUUCUUUGUCGUCUCCUUCCCCUUAAUAUCACCCUCAUCAAAAGCUAAACACAGGAACAAUCCAAUUUCUUUGGUCUUUUGUUGUCUCUUGAAACAAUCCUGGUUUUUUUAUUAAAACCCAAUUUUCUCUUUGGUCUGUUUCAGCUUCUUCUUUACUGAAUGGCUAUGGAACCAAACUUCUUUGAGCAAGAGGCGAACUUUGAGUCUGAUGGAGAUAUUUUACUCAAGCAGAAAUGGAAUCAAAUACCAGCACCUACAAAAGAUUCGGAGAAGGAUGCUGGUGGCUUUGAUUGCAAUAUUUGCUUUGACUCAGCACAAGAUCCUGUAGUCACCCUCUGUGGUCACUUGUACUGCUGGCCAUGCAUUUACAAGUGGCUUCAUGUCCAAACUUCUUCCCUUGAUGCCGACCAGCAACACCAGAACUGCCCUGUGUGCAAGGCAAACAUCUCGUCGAACUCAUUGGUUCCACUCUAUGGCCGUGGUACAUCUUCAGACUCUGAAUCCAAGAAUCCUCAGUCAGAUCUGGUCAUUCCCCAAAGACCACCUCCUUCUGGAUUGAACUCAAUAAUCAGCUCCUCGCAUCAAAGUCAGCGACUUCGUGAAAAUUUUUUCCAUUCUCAGUCUCAGUCAUUUCAUCACCAGGGAUACUUCCCUCAUGGAGGUUAUGCAACCUUGGCAUCAUCUAACCUUGGUGGUAUUGCGAUGACAAAUUUCUUCAAUCCAAUGAUUGGGAUGUUUGGGGAGAUGGUCUAUGCUAGGAUUUUUGGGAGCUCAGACACAAGCUUGGUUGCUUAUCCUUACCAAGCUUCUUACCCUUUCUUUGGGAAUAACAACAAUCUUAGGAUGAGAAGGCAGGAAAUGCAGUUUGACAAGUCCCUUAGUAGAGUAUCUAUCUUUCUUUUCUGUUGCCUUAUUCUUUGUCUUCUCUUGUUUUAAAAGAAUUAGCUUUGAGUUUGUAUAGUUGUAAAAAGAUAAGUCGAUGAACAAAACCAAACAGAGUUAUUGUUAGAAAAUUUGUGGGGAACUCACUUGUGAGCUUUCUUCCUGAGAUAUUUGUAUGUAUAUAGUACUAUCAUUUUUCAACAAUUGGGAAUGAACAUGCUUCCUAUGAUUUUAUCAUA